AUUUUACAAUUUAUUAGCAGUCGACCGUGCACCAAGUGCAGUCGCGUGCAGUGCCUUGCGCGCGGUGGUCUUGAACUGGGGCCACGUCAAACACAUUUUUGGAUUUGGAGUCUUAACAAUGGAUGAAGAUCUGUUUGCCGUUUUUGAUAGUAAGCCAUCUACCAAAGCAGAUAAUGCAUCUAAAAAGGGGAAGACAAAACAAGAACCUACAGAAGAAGAGGAGCCCUCGGUGGACGAUCUGCUGCAGCAGCUCACCUCUGGAAAGAGGUCUGCCGAGGAGGCCAGUGGAGAUGAAGAAGAAGAAACAAAGAAGUUCAAAGUGGAAGAGGAAGGAGGAGUGGAUGAUGCCAAACUGGCAGAGCAGAUGCCGCGUAUCCAGGUGCACACGAUCGACACCAUAGAAUCGUGUGUGCACGAAGUGUGCGUGCCUCCUGACCAGGAGUACAUACCACUGGUGGCGCCCACGCGCGACCCGCCCAAACAGUACCCGUUCGUGCUGGAUCCCUUUCAGAAGGAAGCCGUUCUGUGCCUGGAGAGUAACCAGUCGGUACUGGUGUCGGCACAUACCUCCGCCGGGAAAACGGUGGUGGCAGAGUACGCGAUCGCUCUGUCUUUACGCGACAAACAGCGAGUGAUCUACACGACUCCGAUUAAGGCGCUGAGUAACCAGAAGUACCGCGAGUUCAGCGAAGAGUUCCAGGACGUGGGUCUGAUGACGGGCGACGUCACCAUCAACCCGUCGGCCUCCUGCCUCAUCAUGACCACGGAGAUUCUGCGCAGCAUGCUGUACCGCGGCUCGGAGGUGAUGCGCGAGGUGGCCUGGGUGGUGUUUGACGAGAUCCACUACAUGCGGGACAAGUCGCGCGGCUACGUCUGGGAGGAGACCAUCAUCCUGCUGCCCGACUCGGUGCACUACGUGUUCCUCUCGGCCACCAUACCCAACGCCAGACAGUUCGCCGAGUGGAUCACAUACCUGCACAAGCAGCCGUGUCACGUGGUAUACACCGACUACCGACCGACGCCGCUGCAGCACUACAUCUACCCAUCGGGCGGCGACGGAAUUCACCUGGUGGUCGACGAACAGGGUAAUUUCCGCGAGGACAACUUUUCGGCGGCCAUGGCCGGACUCGCGGCGCCUAGUGACGCUGCUCGCAAGAGCCGCGGUCCCGGCGGCAAGCCGGGCUCCAAGGAGGGCACCAACGUCUACAAGAUCAUCAAGAUGGUGAUGGAGCGGAACCUGGCACCCGUCAUUGUCUUCAGCUUCAGCAAGAAGGAGUGCGAGGCGUACGCCCUGCAGAUGGCCAAGCUGGAUUUCAACACGGGUGACGAGAAGAAGCUGGUGGAGGAGGUGUUCAACAACGCCAUGGACGUGCUGUCAGAGGAGGACCGCCAGCUGCCGCAGGUGGAGCACGUGCUGCCGCUGCUGCGGCGCGGCAUCGGCAUCCACCACGGCGGACUGCUGCCCAUCCUGAAGGAGACGAUUGAGAUUUUAUUCGGCGAGGGUCUGAUCAAGGCGCUGUUUGCCACGGAGACGUUCGCCAUGGGCCUCAACAUGCCGGCGCGCACGGUCCUCUUCACCGGCUGCCGGAAGUUCGACGGCAAGGACGUCCGCUGGCUGUCCUCGGGCGAGUACAUUCAGAUGUCGGGCCGCGCUGGACGACGUGGUAAGGACGACAAGGGUAUCGUCAUCCUGAUGGUGGACGAGAACAUGUCGCCGGCCGUGGGCAAGAACCUGGUGAAGGGCCAGGCGGACCCGCUCAACUCGGCCUUCCACCUCACCUACAACAUGGUGCUGAACCUGCUGCGAGUGGAAGAGAUCAACCCGGAGUACAUGCUGGAGCGCUCCUUCUUCCAGUUCCAGAACUACGCCGCCAUACCGGGACUCUGUGACCGCGUGAAGAAGGCCCGCUUCAGUCACGACAGUAUGACCAUAGAGAGAGAGCCGGAGGUCGCGGCCUACUGGAAACUGCGCCAGCAGCUGGACAUGCUGAAGAAGGACUUCCAGAAGUACAUCACGCUGCCCAAGUAUAUCGUACCCUUCCUGAACCCCGGCCGAGUGGUACACGUUCAAACCGACGACAAGGACUUUGGCUGGUGUAUCGUCAUCAACUACAAGAAGGAGGACCAGAAGAAGACGGACAACCCGCUGGAGGGCGGCUCCACGUACGUGGUCGACGUGCUGAUGCACGUGUCCAAGGAGACGGCACAGCUGAAGGAGACCGCGCUGCUCGAGCCGCCACCGGCCGACCAGAAGGGCGAGAUGGUGGUGGUACCGGUGCUCGUCCACCUGAUCCACGAGAUCAGCGCCGUCCGACUCAAAUAUCCGCAGGACCUCAGGCCGCUCGACAACCGCAUGAUCGUGCUCAAGACCAUCAAGGAGAUGAAGCGCCGCUUCCCGACCGGCAUCCCUCGCCUGGACGCCGUCAAAGACAUGGGCAUUAAGGACCGCGAGUUUGUAUCGCUGGUGGACAAGAUCGAGUCGUUCGAGCGCCGGCUGUUCUCCCAUCCACUGCACGACGAUCCGCGGCUGGACGAGCUCUACAACCAGUAUGUCGAGAAAAUGGAGCUGAGUAACGAGCUGAAGGCGGCCAAGCUGGAGCUGCGCCGCGCCAAGUCCCUACUGCAGAUGGACGAGCUAAAGUGUCGGAAGCGCGUGCUGCGCCGGCUCGGCUACUGCACUGCCGCAGGCGUUAUCGAGGUCAAGGGCCGCGUGGCGUGCGAACUGAGCAGUGCCGACGAGCUGCUGAUCACGGAGAUGAUCUUCAACGGCAUGUUCAACGACCUGUCGGUGCCGCAGUCGGUAGCGCUCAUGUCCUGCUUCACGUUCGACGAAAAGUCCAACGACGCGCCCAAGCUACAGGACCAGCUGUCAGGCGCGCUGCGACAGAUGCAGGAGCUGGCGCGUCGGAUAGCGCGGGUGAGCGUGGACUCCAAGCUGGAACUGGACGAAGAGAGCUACGUGGGCCAGUUCAAGCCGGCCAUGAUGGACGUGGUCAACGCCUGGUGUCAGGGAUCCAGCUUCGCAGAACUCUGCAAGAUGACAGACGCGUUCGAAGGCAGCAUCAUCCGCUGCAUGCGUCGCCUGGAGGAGCUGCUUCGUCAGAUGGUACAGGCCGCUAAGGGCAUCGGCAACACAGAUCUCGAGAACAAGUUCAGCGAGGGCAUUCGACUGAUGAAGAGGGACAUCGUGUUUGCCGCCAGCCUCUACCUGUAGUUGGCCUUGUGGUUGAGGAUGGAGAAGGAUAAGGCGAGUCGGGACUGACGUGAGCUGAGAGGCAGUGCGUUCUAAAGCGUGUUUGACGACGGUGACCGUUUUGUACCUGUGGACGUUUGACUGUUGAGAGCGACGGGAUGUGUGUGGUGUUGAGUCCGACUCUGCCAUGAAGAUGUGCACUGUACAGCGUUCACUGCAGAUUGCAGACUGCGGGUUGCGAGUGUGGGUGCCCGCAUCUGACCGCGACCCACUGUUAGGUGUCUGCGUCUGAGGGCGGUUCAACAGCUGCCCGGUGUUUGCCUCUGGCCGCGGCUGGGGCAGAAAAACCAGCGACCUGAGCAACGGUGCGCUGUGCCUGUUUGAUUCGUGCUCAUCUGUUCUUGUGAGGGGCGCCGUGGCCGGAACAGAAUAUAAAUCCAUUAUCAUCCGUUA